AUGUCCACUACCGUAAAGUCACAAGAUCUCCCACCUGAGGGAGGAUUUCCCUCUGUUCGCUACCAGCGGAACCUUCCCAAGAGAGGCCCAAGUGGGGCAGUGCUCUUAUUGGGUGUUACUUUGGUAUCAGCAUACGGACUUUACCGGCUUGGGCAGACGAAUCUGGAGAGAAGAGAACUUGACAGAGAAAAAUGCUGGUCACGCAUCCACCUCGUUCCUCUUCUCCAGGCGGAAAUUGACCGCGAUCUUUAUCGUCGUACGCUUGCAGCACAAGCACGCGAACAGGAAAUAAUGAGCGAUGUGCCUGGAUGGAAAGUAGGCGAGAAGGUGUACCAUACUCAGCGAUACGUUAAGCCAACGGUUGUUGUUAUAGAUGAGUAG